CUCUCCCUCUCUCUGUCUCUCUCUCCCAGUCAUCCUCUCCCGCCGUGCUGCUGAGCCUGCGACGUAGCAGUGGAUGGAAAAAAUAAUAUAUCUCGCUUCGCUUCAGCCAACGGACGCACAAUUUCGAAGGGAAAUAAGUGAAGCUCCAGCUCCAGCUGUGUCCCCUGUAACCCUGAAAGAACCACUCAGGACCCACAAGUCCAUCAAGAGCAAAGAACCAAUUCAUUUUGCGGUUCAACCUUAACCAUCUACCAAUGUUGGGAACAGUGUUGCUCACCAGAUCGUACUCUUCAUAAAGGAUACACGGAGGAGAGCCCGGGCGAGAGAAAGGAACACUUUUGUGUCUUGACAAAGAUAACGGAGGAGUGAGAGGAGAUUGUCCAUUAUUCCAAGGGUCUAUCCAUUUGGGUCAGUCACAGCAGAAGCCUAAGGAGGGACUAUGAGGACAAGCUGUGUCACCCCAGAUCGCAGCCCAACAGGAUAUGACAUAACAUGGAUCCCCUGCUAAUCACCAUGAUGACCAUAAAGCUGUGACUGGCAUUGUGAAGCCUUUACCCCUUUUUCAACACCCAACCCAGACCCUCCUCCUCUUUGGAAAUCCUUCCAAGCAACCUUUGUCACUUCCUUUUAUCCUGCAAACACAACCUCCUUCCUGCCUGCCCUGACAUUUCUCUCAAUAAUUAUAGCUUCCCCUUCUUCUGAUUUCUUUUUAUCGGCAUCAUGCAGGGUGCUUCCACCACCUCCUCUCUCCUUCUGCUUAUCCUUCCGUCCCUCCUGUUCUUCUCCCACUUUCCCAGCAUGGUCAAUGGGGACUGCUGGCUUAUUGAGGGAGACAAAGGUUAUGUGUGGCUGGCUAUCUGCAGUCAGAACCAGCCGCCAUACGAGACUAUCCCCCAGCACAUCAACAACACGGUCCAUGACUUGAGACUAAAUGAGAACAAGCUAAAAGCAGUGCUCUUUAGCUCCAUGUACCGCUUCACCAACCUGACUGACCUCAACCUCACCAAGAAUGAAAUCAGCUAUAUUGAGGAUGGAGCCUUUGCAGGACAAGCCAAUCUACAGGUUCUUCAGCUGGGCUACAACAAGUUGACAAACCUAACUGAGGGUAUGAUGAGAGGGCUUGGUCGCAUGCAAUGCCUCUUCCUGCAGCACAACCUCAUUGAGGUUAUUGGAAGCAAUGCAUUUUGGGAGUGCCCCAGCCUCAGCAGCAUUGACUUGUCAUCCAACAAACUUGCCCGCAUUGACCCAUCCACAUUUACAGUUCUCACUCGGCUGAUGGUGUGUGAACUGGCAGCGAAUCCAUUCCAUUGCGGCUGUGAUCUUUAUAGCUUCCUAACUUGGUUGGAGUCCUUCAAUAACGUCACACACACCUAUGACCGUCUCCAGUGUGAGACACCCCGGGAGAUGUUUGGCUACCCUUUACUUACUGCUGCUGGCCAUGCUGGUCGGAAUGCAAAAAACAUUUUGUACCAUCGUUGUCGAGAUGGAGUGAUGAUUCCUGGAAUGACCUCUCUCCCGCCAGAUCUGGAUGGCCCUUCUGGGAUUGGACCAGAGAUGUUUGGUGGCGUGGGACCAUACUACCAGCCUACCACUUCUUCCUCAUCUACUGAACACAGCUUCAUUCCCACCAUCAAGCUUCACCAUGUUUCUUUGUCAUCAGCUUCUAUCCUUGUGCAGAUUCCAAGGCCCUACAGCAAAAUGUAUAUUUUAACACAAUACAACCACACAUACGUGUCUGACGUCAUGAAUUUGAAGAACAAGAAGGAGAUGAUUACCCUUGACAAGCUAAAACCACACACCAAUUACACCUUCUGUGUAGCAUCCAUCCGCAACUCUCAACGUUAUAACCACACCUGCCUUGAGUUUGCCACCCGGGCUCAAAAUCAAGAUGACAUUCUCCCCACACCUUCCACCACUACUCACUAUAUCAUGACCAUUGUGGGUUGCCUUUUUGGCAUGCUCAUUGUUUUAGGCUUUGUCUACUAUUGUCUACGUAAGAAACGAAUGCACGAUGAGAAAAAGAAGUCCAUCUGUGUCAAGAAAACUAUUCUGGAAAUGCGCUAUGGACCAGAGGUGGCGGCAGCAGUGGCAAAUGAUCCAUCAGCAGUACACAAGCUUCAGGAGCAGUCCAGGGAACAUCACCAAUAUCAACACCACCAUGGAGGCAAACUUCCCAUGUCCACGUCAUCCAGUUUGGGAAUGCUCCACUCAGCCAACACCAGUUCCUCCAGACUUUCCUCUAUCCCACAAGUUGAAAAGAUGGCCACUGCCUUUUCAGAGGCCUUGGCCUCAAGUAAAGGGAAUUAUAUGGAUAUUAGAACUGGAGGAGCAGGGAUGGAAAGAUUGGGAGAUGGUGGACAUGGAGGGAUGAGGGGGGCAGACUUGAGGGACGAUGAAACUGAUAUUGGGGAUGACUCAGAUGAUGACGGACAUGGCUCUGCAUCAGAGAUUUCCACCAUUGCCAUGGAAGUAGACAAGGUUAACCAGAUCAUUAACAACUGCAUCGAUGCACUUAAACUGGAUGCAGCAGCAGUUGCUGCUUCAGGGGCCUCUACUAACACUACAGUGUCCUCCAAUCCCACCUCCCCACCCCCCACCAGCGCGUCCUCUCUUACUCGUGGCCUAAUCCCACUCUCCCAGGGGUUGACAGAGGCAUGCCAGGUCAUUGCCCCCAACAAAAUACCCCCACCACCUCCUCUCCCUGCUUUGAAUGCCCCUCUCUCUGAGCGCCCAGGGAUCAGUGGUGGUGGCUUUGUUGUCUCUCCCCCCUACAGGCCCCCUCCACCAGCCACUGCUGUACGUCCCAUUCAACGACAAAUGAGUGCAGAUGCAGCAGUGGUUAUUGUAAACGCUGUGAAAAAGCAGUGCAGCACCACCUCUUGUGGCUCCAUGGGUCGGGACAGGGAACGUGGAGGAGCUAGGGUGUAUAGCCUGGAUGUUCCUGAGCCAAGGAGCCCAGAUGCCUGUAAUCAACAACAACAGCAGUACCCAGACCGGGCCAGUCCCGUGGGCUGUGGGGAGCCCCUUGAGAGGCUGCCUUUAGUAGGGAGUGGGAGCUGUGGUGGAGGGGGUGGUGGUUGCGACAGUGGUGGUGUUGGUGCCCAACAUCAGGACAGCCAGAAGCCACAUCAUUACCAUCAACAGCAACAAAUACAACAACAACAACAACAACAACAACAUCAACAACAACAACAGCAGCAGCAGCAGCAGCUUGAGGUGCAGCAGGACUACCACUGCUCGGAGCAUCGCCACUCCGUCCCAGCUCUCUACUAUGAAGGCUCCCACCAAGGCUCCCCAGCCCAGAGGGUUUCCUUCUUAAAGCCCCUGACACGCUCCCGCAGGGAUGCAGCAUCAUACUCCCAACUUUCGCCUGCCCGCCACCAUUCCAGCUACUCUGGCUAUUCCUCCAGCCCAGAGUAUUCCUCAGAGAGCUCACUGCGGAUCUGGGAGCGCUUUCGUCCCUACCGGAAAGGCCAGCGGGAUGAGGCCUGUUAUGUGACGGCCGGAAAUGCCCUUCGAAAAAAGGUGCAGUUCGCUAAAGGCGAGGACCUGCAUGACAUCCUUGAUUACUGGAAAGGUGUGUCAGCACAGCAGAAGCUGUGACUGUGGGACCAGAGAUAAGCAUUGAGGAAAAAAGAGUUUAUAUACUUCUUUUCCUGAUAGGCCUGUAGGCCAGAGAAAAAUGGUGAGAAACAUGUAGGAUGAAAUUUUGCCUUUGGGUUAUUUUUGGCAUGCUAGGUGUAUAGAAUAUUGUGCUAAAAGCAAGGACUUUAAACUGUGCCUGAGAUAGGAGAGUCAUUAUAAUGUUUUAUUUUUCACUUCAUUGUAGCACCAUUUCUGGAUCAUUCUGAUUUUGUGUUGGUUUUAUUUAUGGCGCAGAAAGCAAAUGCCAACUGUGUUUAUUUUAAUACUCUUACUUUAAUACUCUGACUGAUCAUAUUUUGUGAUCAUAUGGACCAUCUUAAUCAGUGCCAUGUUUUCAAUUAUCGGAAUAACAGAAGGUAAAUGACACCCUUCAUUUUUAGCUUGUGUGAGAAUCCAAGAUUCGUUUCCUAUGUUGCAUUGGGUGCUGUGUCAAUUCGCAGUGUGCACUUGGAUAUGCUUAGUCUUCUCGGUUAAGGGAGACCAUGAUGGGGUGGAAUCUGUGGUCUGUUACAAGUGACAGCAUGCAUGAGUUGUCAAAUGGAGGCUCUAUCUCUCUUCCAUGACAUCCUUCAUGCAGCUGAGGUACUUGCAUUUCAAUAACAUCUGUCACACAAAAAGAAAGGGGGAAGAAAUUAACUAAUUAACAAAGUGAAAACAGUCAAGAAGGGUCCUGCAGCAUGAGGACAUUAUGAGAGAGAUUAAAAUGGACCCUAGCCUAAAAUAGUGCUCUAAUUGCACCCUAUGGGAUUUAACACAUCUUUGCAAGUAAAACUCUUGCAUGGUUCAAUGAGCCAUGUAAAGAAUGUGGUCCCACAGGUCCCAAACUGUCCUAAACAGCAUUUUCCCAAGUAAUGAUGAGAAUUGUGACAUGAUUUGAAAGGGUACAGAGGGCAAAAUAUUGUUCCCUUAAUAAAGGUAAUUGGAUGCUACUUACCUGUACAAUUGGAAAACGCAAUCUCCUUACAAAAAGGCAUGAGAGAUGUCACCCAUAUGUGACAGACCCAGAAAAACUGAAAGCAUGAGGGGGUAUAGAAUAAAAACAUGGAACACAAGCAAGGAUAUAAAGAUUUUUAAUGUAAGUAGAUUACAAAUAGGUCAUGGUAAAACGUAUCAGUCAAUGUGAGCACCACAGUACAUUCCAAAUCAUAGCGACAUGAAACUGAAUCAGGCACAGAAGGAAAGGACACUUCUAAUUACUGCCAACGUGUUCUGUUCCAGAAAUGAAUACUAUUGUUGUCUAUUGAUAACUUAAUUAGCCAACUUGUGACAGGCAUGUUCGCUUGCACUUUACGCCUCAUGAUUGUGUGUGUGUGGCUGUGUGGUAUACAGUGGUCAUUGUAAGUGGGUGUUGGCAUGCCUUGUCAGAUUAUAUUAUAUAUGCCCAAAUUGACUUAAAUUAAUAGUUAGUCAAUAUCUUUCCCAGUGGCUGGAUGUCUGAGUCUAAACAAUACUAGAUUAUUAAUGGCAUGGACAAAUAUCGUCAAUGUUCAUUGUAUUUUCCCAGGUGUACAUCACAUGACUGCGAUGCUCAUCUAUACCACAGAAGCGCAGUGCCUCUUGCUAAACAGCCAUAGUCUAAUUUACAUUCAUGGAUAGUAUUAUCCAUUUACCAGGUCUUUUUUUUAAUUGAAAUGAUCUAAUCACGAUUUUCCUAAUUGACAGUGUCAUUGCAUGGCAUUCUGACGAAAAAGGCAAAGUACUGUAUAGCUGUUGAAUUUUCACAUCAUCAGCUGACAUACACAAUCUGAGACAUCCUACCCUAAAAAUGUGAAAGCUUAAUCAGUGGUCCUUGCUCCACAUUUCUGUUCAGGGCUUUAUUCAAGAGACUCAAGUUAUAGUGACAACCUUAAUUUCAGGAACAUUUUCGUCUUUUGAACCUCACGUGUUUACUGUGGAUGAUGUUAUUUGGACCAUCUUCCCUGCUCCCAUAGCUCCAUAUGGGAUAUGGGUUUGGCUUGAGCAGAGUACUGAACACAUGUCUGUGCAGCACACAUCAACACUGUUUUUUCUUUUUCUUUUUUUGUUAGCAGUUGAUUUUUAGCAUGGGCAAAUCUGAGAAGGCCAUAUUGAUCUAUGUAUUUCCUUUUGUUUUCAUAAAACAUUUCUCUCUUAAUAAGUUGUGUGCACACAGUGAGGGUCAUAGAGUCAAUGUGUUGCUUAUAAUUGGAUUGGAUACCCAAGAUCAAGAGCCGACAUCUUUGAGUAAUAGCAUGUCUGGGAUGCAUCACUCCAUCCGCCUUCUUUAUAUGAUUAUAUGUAAUGAUCAUACAGUCUUGGACAUUUUUCGUUCCCAGUGUUUGCCCAGUUAUCUGAGAUAAGAAAGUUUCCAAAGGAACAUGUUACUGUGAUUGACUUUCACCAAAUCAGAGGAAAAGAUUUUCUUUACUGGUACAUAAGAGUACUUAUCUCACAGGGGGAACUUGGUGUGUUUAACUCCCCAGAUCCUCAACUGCCAUAACAGGUUUACAGGAAUGGACACUGAUGAUAGAAAAUUCAGAAAAUGUUAAGUGAUAUCAGGAUUGCUCAUCAUUUCAGCUGUUACUUUUGUUCCUCUACCUGACAGAGUAUAAUGUGAUAGAAGACAAUUACUGUUUUCCUUGAUGACUUUUAUUUUCGUUUUAGUUUUUGUAUUUUAAUUAACACAUUUAACACACUAACGUACAUUUCAAGAAAUAGAUUUUCAGGGGACAGAUGCACGUUCAAGUGUUCUUCUGCUCAGAUUUCGCGAUGAUUACACAGAAUCUCCAGCCCAGUGGAGAACAUUUUCAAUUCUGGUGUGAGAAGUGCCAAUCUUUCUAUUGAUUAAUGAACAGUCUUUUCACCAUUGCUCAAAUGAAUGCUUGCUGUAAUUUUAGGGAAUAUUGUGUUUCUGAUCAUAAAUAAUUACUUGAAAGCCAGCUGUCAAAACAGAGAUUCAUGCAAAGGAAAGUGAUGACUAGUUUACACAAAAUUUCAGUUUGACAAGUGUAUGUAAACCAGUGUGUGAGGAAUUUUCAAAUAGCAGCAAAACAGGUAAAAAUAUUAACAAAAGAGGCAAGGAAAGCUUUUUUCAAAGCAGUCAUUGCUGCACUCCCAAAUAAACCUUGGCUGUUUAUAAUUGCUUGCUCCCCCCAGCAACUCUUUGGUCUCUUUGAUAUGGGUGUUUUAAACCAAAGAGAUGUUGGCCUUGGAACAGAAUGGGUAAUUAAUACAUUUUUCUUUUCUGGUGUGGGUAUUGGAAAAUCAUUGAAUUACUGAGAACUCAACAGGACGACAAACAUUUCUAAAAAUAUUAACAAUGCCAUCAUAGCUGUAUUUUUUGUCCCCCAAAGCCAGCACCAAACACAAAACUCCUCUCUUCCUUUUCAGCUCGUAUCCUUGUUGAACCCCUGGAGGGUGGCUCACUGGGAGAUCACUGGUCCUUUUUGUAGCACCGUCCUUGUUUGUCUCUGAGCCACAGGAAAGCCAGACGUGAGAAAGCCUUCUAAUGUGCUAUUAAUGUUUAAUCCUUUUGAGGGAGGCUGGUUGCUUCCCCUAUCUCUGUAUACCCCAGAAAAUCACAGACACUUUCAGUUUCUAACACGUUAAUCCUUUCAUGCUUUCUUAUACUAAAAGCCCAAUUAAACUGAACUCCAGAAUCAGAAUCUUAUCAGUUUCUGAAUUACUAAAGAAAUGAAAUGCUUCCAUUAGUAAAGACCAUAGUAAAAGGUUUUAGUCUUCCCCUGACACUGUGCUUUUUUUACCCAUGUGAUCUGUCCUUGAAGCACUCACAGUCAAAGUGAGACAUUGCCUUAAUGUGCGAUCAUCAUCAUUUGAGGGUAAUCUGAGGAUGCAGUACUAAUAUUAAUUA